AUGGCGUCGGCCUACAUACUUGCCGUCUACUUCCUAGUAGUUGUCCUCGCCGGUCUUCAACUCAAACAGAAGAUCAAAGCUCUCAAGUCUCCCCUGAGAAAACUUCCUGGGCCUUGGUAUGCUCCUCUCACAACAUUGCAUUUACGUUAUCUCUUCUCAACCGGAACCAUCUGGAAGUUGGUAGAGAGAAGCCACAACAAAUAUGGGCCGAUUAUCCGACUCGGCCCCCGACAGGUCUGGAUCUCUGACAAGGAGGCCAUGAAGCAGAUCUUGGUCAAGACGGAUCUUCCCAAAGUUGCCAUGUAUGCCGAAAUUUCCAGAGACAAAUUCAGUCCCGGACUAUUUGGCGAGAUUCGCCAAGAGCCGCACAGGCGCCUCAAACGUUUCCUGUUCCCUGCUUUUACGGUCAACUACAUUGACAACCUUGAGAUGUUCUUCAAGAGCACCGUUCGUGACGUGCUCAACAAGUACCAGACACAGAUCAACGAGGAUGCGGUACACUAUGCAAAAAAGGGUAUCGAGGUCGACUUAAUGGACGACCUUCACAACGUGGCCCUUGACAUACGAAAUGUCUUGAUUCCCUCAGUGCUUACUUGUACAAAGACUGUAUAUGUCAAGAAAUUCUUCCGCGCCCUGGGAAUCGACCUGCAAUUCGACUGGCCCGCCGAGAUGAUCACAGCAAUCGACGCCGUAGUCCAACGACGCAAGCGCACUCCGGACGUUGAGCGCCGAGACCUCCUCCAGCACCUUAUCGAAGAGGGCAAAAAGCCUGACACCGGCACUAGCAUGUCUGUCCGCGACAUUGUCGACCAAAUGGCCGAGAUCCUCCUUGCCGGUUCCGAAACAACAUCCGGCACUAUCGGCUGUCUCUUUCUCGAGCUUGCCCGUAACCCCGACGUCCGCGCCAAGCUCUUCGCCUCUCUCCCGUCCAAGGGCUUCAACGAAGAGAUUGUGACCAGAAAAUCGGUUCGCAACGAGGAGAACUACGAGUACCUCGAGGCCUGCAUCAAGGAGAACCUCCGCUUGCAUCCUAUUGCUUCGGAGAUGGGCCGCCGGACUGGCAAUCAGUGGAUCAACCUCUGUGGCUAUGAUCUACCGCCUCACACAGUAGUCUCGGCUUCAUACCGGGAUCUUCACCGCAACGAGGCUUUCUGGCCCCAGGCAGUACGGUUCUGGCCCGAGAGGUGGCUAUCCGAAGACAAGAGAGACGGGGCACCCGCACCUGAUAUGGACGCGUAUUACCCCUUUUCUGGAGGCAAGCAUUCGUGCAUUGGUAUCAACUUUGCGUGGGCCGAGAUGAGAAUGGUUGCCGCCAAUCUCCUACAAAGAUUCGAUGUGCUGGAAGUUCCGGAUCAAGACAUAGACUUCCGCCAGUACAUCACCAUGCAGUUUGCAACUGGUCACUGGAAAGUUGUUCUCAAGCCAAGAAAUUGA